AUGGACUCGCUUAUCGAAGUGCAGAGGCAGACUCAUGAAGAGAUUGAAAGGUUUGAACGUGCCUUAGCAGUAGUCCUUGCCAAACCAUCGACCACUCAGCAGGCAAAACUCUCCAACGAACACAAGGCGUCCCAAGUCCUUGACCGUAUCUCCUCGCGAGUCCACACCCUUCAUAAUUUAUACCAGGACGAACCGGUACGAAAAGCAGAAAUUGAUGCUAUUUCAGGAUCAAAACCGGACGAUUUAUCAGAAUUCUAUGCGAGACUGGCAAAGAUCAAGGAGCACCAUUUGAAGUACCCUGACCAGCUUGUCGGAAGUUUUGAGCUGGAUCUUGCGGCAUUGGUUAAUGACAAUACAGGGGAAGCUGGUGAAGAUGACUACGAAGAAGAAGACCCCAUUUCUCUACUCUUUUCUGGCGAAGAGGCAUACGGCCGUUACCUUGAUUUGUACACGCACCACUCUGCAUACACUAACUUAAAGAACCUUAAGCGGCGACCGACUUACCUGCAAUAUCUCGACAUAUUGGCUAUGGCAGAGCAUGGAUUACUACAUCAGGAGGUUCCGAUAGAAACUCGACAUUCAAAAGAGUAUGAGAGUUAUAUUACCGGACUUCACUCGUACUUGCUUUCCUUUGCCAAAAAGUCCCAGCCCCUUGUUGACGUAACUGGUCAGCAAAGGGUUGCAGAGGCCGAAUUCGAGUCUCUAUGGGCGGACAGAAAGGUUGAAGGAUGGGAAGACCCUUCGGAUAGCAAGCUGAAUGGAGUCAAAACCGAAGAAGGCGAAGGUGUUUGGUGUAGUGCAUGUCAAAAACAAUAUUCCAAGCAAACUGUAUACGAUGCUCAUUUAACGUCGAAAAAACACAUCAAGGCGGCAGCACGACAAACGAACUCAGAUUCAACUCCCACAAAUCGGAAUGGAACCCUAGAAGUCGUUGCAGGUCAAAAUCAAAAGACCAAAGAAGCCAGGAUACGAAACGCCGCUCUCUACACCUUCCUUUCCACGUCACUUAUUUUAUCCCUGCUUUCAAUUGUGAACGAAACGAAAUCGAACGUUGAGCGGCGAUUCUCGUUAACGGCAAAAGAGCGUGAGGCUGAGCUUUUGGAGAAUGCCGCUCCUGCCCCCGCACCAGCUGCCAAAGGGGAAGAGAACGGUAAUGAGGAAGAAGAAGAGGAAGAACGGAUAUACAACCCCUUAAAAUUACCAUUAGGUUGGGACGGCAAACCUAUCCCGUACUGGUUGUACAAAUUGCAUGGACUCGGCGUUGAAUACCGAUGCGAAAUUUGCUCAGACCAUGUCUACAUGGGGAGGAAAAACUUUGAUCGUCAUUUCCAAGAAUCGCGUCAUGCAUUCGGCAUGCGGGCUUUGGGCCUGCCAAAUACCAAGCAUUUCCACGAAAUCACACGAAUAGAGGAUGCUUUAGCCCUGGCAGAGAAGUUGAAGCGUGAGGGCAAGCAAGAGAUCUUCCAACAAGAGACGAUGGAAGAGCUCGAGGAUGACGAAGGCAACGUCUACAACCGGAAGACAUACGACGACCUCAAGAAACAAGGUCUAAUCUAAGUUGCGCAUUGCAAUUGCAAGCGCAUCUGUAUCUUUCUCCGGCUCGCUCGCUUUAAUCUCCAGUAUCUCGUCACCUUUUGAGGCAUGUAUUGUCGAUUUUGCAAUUGGUCGUUUCUUCUUUUCUUCGAUGUAAUCAUUGUGGAGUCGGCUUCUUUCAGAGAGCAUAUGUGUCAG